GCUGUGUAGAUAUCCAUUGGACUGUUCUGCCUUUGUCUCGUUAUGUUUCUUCUAUACCCCCACAGAAAGGCAAGGCAGGGAGGAGAGAAUCUCUGAGCCCAUAAAGAAGGAAAAGAUCUCAUUUCGAUCACUUCUCCCAACGCCCAAUAAAGGAUACUCACUGGAAAGUAGAAGAAACCAACCGAGAGAGAGAGAGAGAUGGUAAACGCCGAGAAACAAAGGACAAGUUUCCUGUCACUGUAGUUCUUGGAAGGUCGUUCAUUCUUGUGAGACAUCUUUCUUUUAUCUCGGAUCUCUUGCCUGCCCCUUUCCUUGUGGCCCAAGGGAUCGAAACCCCCCGAUCUGCUGCUGCGUCUGGUGCUUAUGGCCUGUUCCAGAUGCCCAUUUUUUUUCCUUUAGUUCAUUUUGAUCCCAAAAGUUGCAUCUUUUUUGGGCCGAGUCUUCGCUGUUUCCAGUGGCGCGGCUAUCCCUUGUCUUGGCUCCUCGUCUCCUGAAUUGUUGCGGCAGCUUCGGCCGCUCGAACGGGUGGGACGCUCGGAAAGUUGCCGUUUUUCCAUGGCUGAAUGCUCGCGGCAACUUGGAUUUUCGAUGUUCUGCGUCCUGAUGCCGAAUUUGCUUCGACGAUAUUCGCAAGAUGGAUGAGAGGGAGAGGAAUGGUGAUGAAAGUGCAGGGUAAAUAUUACCUUCCAGGAUAUAAUUCCAUGCGGGAAAUUAAAGAGGAUGCAAGAAGUAGUUGGUCUUGGUACUUUCAGGACAAGAAGUUUAGUGAGCAUCUCUACAACAAUCACGUACCAAAGUUGGUGGAUGGAUGCUCGGAACAUGAUAAAGGCAUGAUAAGGCGGACAAUGCUUGAACAUGAAGCCAUAUUUAGGAAGCAGGUCUAUGAGCUUCAUCGUCUGUAUAGAAUACAGAAAGACCUGAUGAAUCAGUUUCAAACUAGAGGGUAUUAUGGAUCUUUCACACCGGCAGAAGCAUCACACUCAAAUUCUUUUUCAUCUCAAAUGCAAUCUGAAUGUACUGAAAAGAUAUUACAGAUAUCUCACCUUCCUCUGGGAAACAGUGGCGACGGAAAGACACCUUUUGCAGGCACCGAGAGGUCCCAUUUUAGUUUCUCAAGGGAAGGGAAUGUUCGAUCUGAUCAUUUCUCAUCACUAAAUGGAGCUUCUCAAAAGGACACCGAGGCACUUGAAUACAAGCCUCUGAAGAAAAGAAGAUUUAACCUUCAACUUCCAGCUGAUGUAUAUAUAGACACUGAAGAUACUGAUGGAUCUGUGCAGACUAAAAUUGUUGAGUUAUCGCAUAGUGCUAGUAUUUUCAAGAAUGGAAAUUGCUCUCUCUAUUCUGAGAAUGAUGUGAAGCUCACUCUAGGUAGUGAUCAUAAAGAAGAACAUCAGAUACUGAAUUCACCGACACAAUUUGGUAUAUCAGCCUGCAGUGCAGUUGAUUUAAAUAAACCAAUAACAGAAAUAUGUUAUGAAACUCCAGCAAAAUCAGCUUCUAUUCAAUUACUUGGCUUCGAGACUCACAGCAAUAGGAAUCAAGAGCAUCUUUUAUCUCUGAGAUCAAAGACUAAUUUCAUAGAACGACAUAUCAAUCAACAGACUACUUCAGACCUCUUGCAUAAGGAUGUACUCACAAAAAGAGAAUGGCCAUUAUUUAAUCAUGAAUCUGCGAACAAAGGGAGCACUGUGGAUUCUUUUUCUCAGACUUUCUAUGAUGAUAACGUUUCAACAUCAUCUGAAACUUUACAAUCAAACACUAAGAAAUGUCAUGAAUUUUCUUUAUUCAACUAUAAUAACCAAGAGACAUGGUCUAGACAAGAGCCAAUUCACAAUAUCCAGGCAUCUCUAAGACUCCCUCAUAUCACCUGCUCAAAUUCAUCGCUAGUGUCUCCCUCAACGCCUUCUACAAUGACAACUCCCAAGGCCGAUUUAAUCAGUUCUGCAUCUUCAUUUGUUUCAUCUUGGAUAAAACCUGCCAUCAGCAUUAGCAACAGGCAAACCAUGGUUCAAGCACUUCCAUGCUUCAGUGUGUCAUCUAAUCUUCCUAAUGGGAGCCUGGGUUCCAAGAUAGAUGCUCAAGUCCCUGUUACUUGUCAAAAUUGGAAAAAUAGUAAGAGACUGUCCACAAGCCUAGGUUCGGAUAUUAGGGUGCCUCAUGCAAAUGGAUAUCACCAUGGUCUUCAUCUGGAGUCCAGUUCAGAACUACAUACAGAAAUUGUAGUUUGUAAGCCAGACAAGGUUGAUGAUGCCAAUAGAGAUCUUCGUUAUCAUUUGCCUGAAAACUACACAAAGCAUUUCAGUAGCAGAGAUUUGAAAACUCACCUGGACCUAAAUCAAGUAUUUCCAAGUGAUGUUGAAGAUAAGAUUACCUUCAGACAGGAUAGAGUCAUUUGUGAUGUUAAUGAUAAGGUGCCAGAGGAUCCAUCUUCAUUCAGAAACAAAGCAUCCUAUAAUGAGGCUGUUGACUUGAGAAAAUAUGACUCGAGAGCAGAUUUUUGCUUUUCCAAUGGGCAUCGUCAGCUAAUUUCUAGCUCCAAUGUUGUUGCUCCUGGAGGUGAGAGGAAUGAAGGAAAAGAGCUGGAUUUCUCUCUAUGUACCAUGCCGGAAGUCACAUCAGCUUCACAGUUUAAGCAUUACAAAGUGCAGGGAAAUGAAGUUUCUGAUAACAAUGGGACAAUUAUUCUUGGUUUUCCUCUUCAUAAGACAACACAACAAAGCAGCAUAUCAGCUUCUCUUCGACGUAUGGGAAAACAUUUAUCUGGUAAUACUACUAAGAAAAAUGGCAACAUGAUCAUCGAUGACUUGUCCUGUGAUAUACAGGUGCUGAAUUCACAGGAUAAUAUCCAUAUUGGUGAUUCAAUCACCGAAAUUUGUAGUGGAAACAACAGGGAAAAUUUUAGGAAUCACAUUCGUCCCAGUGCUGAGUUUGCAUGUAGAGAUGAACCUAUACCUUCAAAGAUAUUACCUAGAGAUGAGACAGUGGUUCAGUCAUCAUAUGCUAAAUCCAGUGCAGGUGCAAAAAUUGCUUCUAACAUUGAUUCGGAAGCAAACAUUUCUCAGGCUCAAAUGGCAAUGAUAAAGAAGCAUAAACACAUUCCAUCAAGCAAGAAAGAUGGUUCGGAGGAAAAGGAUUAUUCUGGUUUUACACUUGUUAGAUUGGCUGCAGAGAAUUUAGUUGCUAUCUCUAUGGGUUGCAGAGGUCAUCCAGAUGACACCAAUUCCCACCCGUCAUCCCUGUCUCGAUUUGACACCUUGUGUUGGUUUGCAGAUGUAGUAGCAUCAUGCAGAGCAGAAAACCUAAGGCUGCUGGGUGAUAGUGGAGAUGGCGGAACUCAAUCUUCAGAUGAUGAUGGUUUGGAUAUCUUUGAGGCAAUGACACUAAAGCUCCAAGAAAUUAAGGUGGAUCAGUAUUGGUUGAGAUCAAAGGAACUUGAGAUCAAAGAUGAACAUGAAGGCAAACAAGAUGUAGGUGCAGCUUCAUUGCUUUUCACAAAAUCUCGGCGUGGCCAGGCAAGAAAGAGAAGGCAGCGACGAAGGGACUUCCAGAAAGAUAUUCUGCCAGGUCUUGCAUCACUGUCAAGGCAUGAAGUUACAGAGGAUCUCCAAACUAUUGGAGGGAUGAUGAAAGUAUCAGGUAGGCCUUGGCAGACAGGUCUAACAAGACGAAACAUUGGUCAAAGUGGAAUAAACUCCCAAACAAACAGGAGGAAGCAGCCUAGAAGUUUGUCCAUCACAUUUGAGGAGAUAGGGGUGAGCUCACUUCCACCAUCUCAACCGAGUAAUUCUGAAAUAACAAUAGAUAAAGUGGGUAUGAUCGGAUGGGGAAGGACGACAAGGCGAUGCCGUAGGCAGAGAUGCCUUCCUGUUAUUCUCGCUACUCAUUGAACCUGAAAAGGAGCACUACACAUGCAAAUGCUUGUUUUAUAGAGGAAUUCAGACUGGUUCCUUAAUGGUGCAAGUGGAAGGUACUAAAUAUUCAUGAAAUGUAGUUUUUUAUAUGUUAUUAUUAGUUUUGAUUUGGGGUUGGUGACAGUCAAUAACAGCUUGUAAAUUCCAAAAUAUCGUUGCAUUACUACAUGAAACGAAAAAAAGAACAUUUGAUUGGUAGAUUCCAUGAAGUCUAAACUCAUUUUUUGUGGG